CUCCUCGCCGCCUCGGCCAUUGCCAUCCCCACGUCCGUCGAGCGCCGCGCCAUGCGUGAUGCCAAGCGCGCUUCCGGCCGCUCGUCGCAGCCCUUGUUGCCCAUCGAGCAGGCUGCCGUCGUCAAGACCGGUGGCCAGACGCAGGAGGAGUACUCCCAGAACUGGGCCGGUGCCGUCUGGAGCAAGCCUGCUGGCACCUUCACCGCUGUGACUGGUACCUUCACCGUCCCCACCGCAUCGGGCUCUGGCUCCGCCUCUGCCUGGGUCGGCAUCGACGGCUCGUCGUGCAGCAACGCCAUCCUCCAGACCGGUGUUGACUUCAACGCUGACGGCUCUUACGACUCCUGGUACGAGUGGUUCCCCGCCGGCGCCGUGGACUUCGACGGCCUGACCAUCAACUCGGGCGACGUCAUCAAGCUGACCGUCACCGCCACGUCGACCACCGCCGGCAGCGCGGUGAUCGAGAACACGACCUCCGGCCAGAAGGUCAACCAGGACCUCACGUCGUCGUCCGCCCUGUGCGAGCAGGACGCGGAGUGGAUCGUGGAGGACUUCGAGGAGAACGGCGGCCUCGUCCCCUUCGCCAACUUCGGCACCGUCACUUUCUCGGACGCGUCCGCGACCACGUCGUCCGGCGCCGUCUCGCCCUCUGGCGCUACCGUCAUCGACAUCCAGCAGAACGGCCAGACGCUCACGCAGACCACCAUCAGCGGCAGCGACGUCACCGUUAAGCACACGUAAUCGGUGCUCUCUUUUGGGAGGUUUUGGUGGGACGGUGCUGUUUACGUUGACACGCUUGUGGUAUAUGGGUCGUGUAUUUCUUGGUUUUGUAUUGGAUUAGCAUGUAACGUUGCUACAAAGAAUCGUUGAGGCAUAAGACCUCGUUUU